AUGGAACGAAGAAAUCAAACCUGUGCUUUAGCAUUUAUCCUUCUGGGACUCUCGGAAGAGGCAGAGCUGCAAUCACUACUCUUUUUGCUGUUCCUGGUCAUGUACCAGGUCACUGUCAUUGGAAAUUCUCUCAUAAUUGUGGCUAUUAUCACUGACUCCCAUCUCCACAUACCCAUGUACUUGUUCCUCUCCAACCUGUCCUUUUCAGACAUCUGUUUAACCUCCAUCACAAUCCCAAAGAUGCUGCUAAAAAUGCAGACACAGAGCAAAGUCACAACCUAUGAAGCCUGCCUAACCCAGAUGUAUUUUUUCUUGGUUUAUGAAGGAUUAGACAACUUCCUCUUGACCAUGAUGGCCUAUGACCGGUUUGUGGCCAUCUGUCACCCCCUGCAUUACACGGUCAGAAUGAGCCCUACAUCCUGUGGUUUCCUGUUUCUGGCAACCUGGUUAUUGAGUGUGCUGACAUCUUUGUUACAGGGAUUAAUGGUUUUGAAACUGUCUUUUUGUGCAGAGUUGGAAACCUCUCACUUUUUCUGUGAGCUGAAUCAGGUGGUUUUCCUUGCUUGUUCUGACACCUUCCUCAAUGACCUUGUGAUGAAUUUUGCAACAGGAUUUCUGGGUUUCAUUUCACUCACUGGUAUCCUUUUUUCUUACUCUAGGGUUGUAGUCUCCAUUUUGCAAAUUUCAUCAGCUGGAGGCAAGUAUAAAGCAUUUUCCACCUGUGGGUCUCACCUUUCAGUUGUUUCCUUAUUCUACGGUACAGGCCUUGGAGUGUAUCUUAGUUCUGCUGCUACCCAAAACUCCAAGGUAAGUGCUAUAGCCUCAGUGAUGUACACUGUGGUCACACCCAUGCUAAACCCAUUUAUUUAUAGUAUUAGAAACAAGGGUAUAAACCAUGCCCUAGAAAAACUGUUCAGGUGA